AUGCCGUCGCACGAACGCGAGGGUUCCUAUGACAGGGAGCUCGUGAGACACCAGUCGAGUUACCCAGAGAGCAGAUCCCUAGUACCCAUGUGGGAUAGCUCAGACCCAGAACGGGCGCCUCCUCCGUUGCCAAUGAAUCCUGGAUCGACCAGUCCAGUGACCAAGGCCAACGCUUCACCGAAUAUUCAGGCUGUUGCAGCCAGCUUUGCGGAGAAGAUGCGCGAGAAUGCGCCCAGUGCAUACACAGUCAAUCCGAUGCCAUUGAAGUCAUCGCCAGAGAAGUCCCUCAUCAGAGGGCACUAUCACAAGCGUAUGCAGUCAAUGCAAGGUGCAGACACCCGCUCAGAGUUUCUGAAUUAUCUUGAGAGCCGGUCGCCGGAACGACCGCUGCGGGCUUCAGUCAUGGAGCCCGGAACGAGGCAGCUGGAGAGCGACCUGAUGAUGUCCAACGACUCUCCUUUCAACAGCAAAGACACUGAUCGCGAUGCUCCCCACUUCGCCAUGGCGAACCGCUUCCUCUCGAAGCCUAUCCUUGGUGGAAGCACACCGCCAUCUGCCACUAUGUUAGCACUCCAGAACAUGCAGCUUCCUGAUGAUAGCCCCCCUGCACCGGCUCCUCGUAGCUCGAGCCCUCCAGUCGAAUUCAGUACCCCGAUGAGCCACAACUUCGAGUCUCUAUCCACGCAAAUCCACAGCCUGACCGAUAUCGCCAGCGGCCUGCAGCGGGAGAUGGCACAGCUUAGCCGCCGGAGCAAAGACAAUGCUACCGAUCUUGUCAGCCUCAAAGCCGCGACCAACGCACGUGAUGAAGACAUCAGAAAGAGCUUGCGCGAGCUCUCGUCAAGUAUCUCUUCUAGAUUCUCGGAGCUAGAGGGGGCUACAAGGUGGGAUCUUAAUAGCAAUUCCUUCUUGAGAUCUGGAGACGGUAUUGACAGCAAGGAAUCGGACAGUUCUCCGAGUUCGAAGAAAAGCUACAAUAUGCCUCGAAUGCCGAGCCCUAAUCCCUUUGCAGCUGCCAUGGAGCGAGAACUCUGCGGAUCGCCUACUCCCAUCUCUGACGGUUCAGCCAGCAUUGCGUUGCUGGAGAAGGUUUUGCGUGAGAUGGCUACUAAAGAAGGACAGGAGAAGCUCCUGGAGCUCGUCGAGGAAAUGAAGUCUAGCCCCGUAUCCCACACCUCUGAUCCUGAAACCGACAAAACGGUCACCACCAUGCUCGAAGAAAUUCUUAAACUCGUCAGGGAGCAGCCUUCAAUGAGCAACGCUCUGGUCCGUGCCCGACCAGAAGACCUUGGUGAUGGCUCACGGUCACGAUCUCUCGAUGCCCGAGACCUUUCGGAUUUAGCGACGAUGAAUGAAAUGAACGACAAUGGCAACAGCGACAUGACCCAAGAGAUGCUCGCCAUUAUGAAACGCGUGAAGAGCAGCGUUAUCGAAGGAGGUGGGCUGACCAAUGAAGUCAAGGCUUUGGUUCGCGAACUGCGCGGUGAAGUCUUGGGCAUGGGUCGGGAGCUGGGUCGUAAGCUCGAGGAGGCAGAGAACGAUCGCUUGACCGACAAAGAGAAUCCUGCGCCACUCAAUAAGGAGGAGAUCUCUGCCAUCGUUGCAACCAGCCUGGACGACCUGAAGGAGCAGAUGGCAUUGAUGAUCAACGAGAGUCGUGACCACAGCGCCGCGAUGAAAGACUACCGCUCUAAGAUGAACAGCGCAGAAGUCUACUCCCUAGUUAGAAAGGCCAUCGAUGAGUUCCCACUCCCGGAGUUCCCAGCCCUACCCGAAGGAGUCCGCAUGGACAAGGAGGAUAUCCUGGAGACUGUGAGGGAGGCAUGGGAGACCUACAAGCCGGAGAUUGAGCUUCAGAACUUUGGCCUCGAGCGUGAGGAAAUCCUUGAAUGCCUCUCCGAAGGCCUCAAGUCAUACGAACCUCAACAUCAAGACGCAGUAACCUACGAUCAAGUCCUGGCCGCAGUACAGGUAGGCAUGCAGAGCUUUGUUCCCCCGCCUGUGGAGAGCCCCCCAACUAUUACGAAAGACGAAAUUUCUAUGACAAUCCGGGAAUGUCUCGAGGGCUACCAGCCACCUGCUCCGCGUAUGGUGGAGGAGAACGAGCUCCAUGCGAUGAGAGACGAAAUCAUGAACGCGCUUGCCGACCUUGUUACUACGACUCAAAGUACACUGAGCAGAGAGUCAUUUGAUUCGGGAAUAGGCCGUGAUGAGAUCCUGAGUGCUGUGGCUGGUGGCUUGGAGUCGCAUUUUGCUGCUGUUAAGGAGGUCGAUGAGCCCCGGGUUUCACGGGAGGAGGUUUUCAAUGCGAUCAACGAUGCUUUCGCAGUCCAUCCCGCUCCCGAGCCCCCAGUCUCUCGAGAGGAGAUCCUUGCGCUCGUCACCGAAGCCUUGGAAAACCAGGGUGCAAGGGAGAUUGAACUCAGUAAAGAUGAUCUCAUGGAAGCAAUCUCUUCAUGCCUCGAAGAAGCCACCCAAACCACGAACGCAACGAUCGGAGAACAAGUGCUCGAACGCCUCCAAGGUCUCCUUGACGGGAUGAAGGAGGAAUUUGCGCAAUAUUCUGCUGCAAAUGGGAAGGAUACAGAGCAGGUCCUUGAUGCCCUCAAGGAUAGCAUGGAAGUUGUCCGGAAGGAUAUUGAGACCUGCACUGCGGCGGCAGUGGAUGAGAAUGGGAAACACGAGAUCAUGGAUACUGUCAAGGAAGGCUUCCGGCUGCUGCAAGCCGACAUGGAAAAGACCAUCCAGGAGACUGUCUUGCUGACACAACGCGGUAACCCCGACACACCGGAGCUUCUCGACGCCAUGGAAAAGGAAUUCGAGCACCUUCGCCAGACCAUCAGUACCUUGCUUGUUCGAAGCAACCCCGGCGAAAAGGAUGAAAUCAUUGACGCCAUUCGCGAGGUUGCCGAUGCAAAUAAGCCUGGUCAGAAGGCAGAGGAUGUCGUGGCUGUUGUUAAGGAACAAAUCGACAAUAUGCGUGAGAUUUUCAACAUGAGUAUUGUUCCUGCGAGCCAGAACCAGAACCUGAACAAGGAAGAGCUCCUCUCAGCCAUUCGUGAACACCUUGAUUCCUUCCGCGAACAGGAUUCCCAGCAAAGAGAUGGUGCUGAAAGCAUUCUCUCCAACACCGGCGAACUUCUCGAUGCUUUCCAUGAGGGAGUCGACAUGAUCCGUGCCGACCUCGACAAGCUGAUUAGCAAGCCCGUGGAAGUCGACAACGCCGAGGUACUUGAGACGAUCAAGGAAGGACUGAACAGCCUCAGAUCCGAGAUGGAGGGACUGCGUGAUUCGCACAGAGAGCUGGACGCCAUGGAGAGCAGCCGUGGCCAGGAACUUACUCUUGCGAACACCUCAAACCUCGGAGACGAUAUCGAGAACCUCAAGAUCAUGAUCACUCAGCUGCAGAUUAAGGUUGACGCGAUUGAAACCACUCCUCCCCCGCCUGCUGAAUUCCCCGAAGACGUACUGAAGAGAGAGGAUCUUGAUGAAGUUCUUGUUGGCUUGCAGGAAGUGCAGGGCUCCGUUGCCGAACUGGUUGCUCGACCAGUCCCUGUUGAUGACACCACAGCCAAGAAAGACGACACGGAUGUCAUCGAGGACUUGCUGAGAACCACAAAGGCUCAUCUUGAAGGGAUGGUGUUCCCGCAAGCCGAUGAGAUCGCCAAAGCUGAACAGCUCGGGACCCUGGAAGCGGUUGUUCUCGAAACAAAAGAGGCAAUCUCCGAGCUUUCCGGUCGACUGGAAGCCGAGGGUCCCACCAAAACGGAAAUUGGUACUCUGGAGUCUCUUCUCAAGGACAUUUAUCUUGUUGUCGAGGAGCUCAAGGCCAAGGCGACACCUGGUGAGGAUGAGGACACCGCUAAGCUGAUGAAGUCUGAUCUUCAAACGGUCGAAGCGAUGAUUUUCGAAGUAAAGACCCAGGUGGAGGAGUUGAAACUGCCUGACGUCGACAGUCUGCCGACCAAGACCGAGCUGCAGGAGCUUUCUGCUCUUGUUGUUGAUUUCCGCGAAAAGGUCGAGGCGGAGAACGAGCUGACCGCGCAAGCAUUCGAGGCUCGCAAGGUCGAGCAUGGCGGUCUCGCGGAGAAAAUCGAAGAAGCCCAGGCUGUUGUGAAUUCCCUCAGCGAAGAACUCAAAAGCAAGCUGGAUGGAAGCAGCGAAGGCCUCUCCGAGCUGAGGCAACUCUUGGAAGGGUUGAUUGCUUCCUCUGAGAUGUUCACUACCGUCGAGAGCGUCAAGGAGCUGACAGACCUGAUCAACCGUGAAUUCGAACGAGCGCGGGGGGAACAGGAUGCCGCCAAGCUGGAGACAGAGGAGCGCGACGCUGUCAACAUCGUCAAGCAGGACGAGACUCGGGCCGCCAUCAUUGUCGAACUCGGUGCGAAGAUUGACGAGAAAGUCGGCGAGGUCAUGGCUAAGUACGAGGAGGCCCAAGCCACGAUGGAGUCUAAGUUCUCCGAGGCUGAGGAGCGUGACGGUGCUCAUCUUGAGGCUGUUACAGACACGAAGUCCAUUGCGGAGGACAUUAGACUUGUUAUCGGUGCCAUGGGCGACAGUCUCACCGAGACCUGUGAGCGAAUGGGAAUUGACACGAAAACCUUCCUCGAGAAGGUGGACGAGUCCUACAAGAAGAUCGAGGAAAUGCACAACGACGUCAAGUCGCAUCAGGAGCAAGCCAGAGUCGACGUCGAACGAGCUGUUGCCGCCACCGACCGUGUGGAGUCCAAACUCGGAGAAAUCCACCCUCAGCUUCUUGAAUCUAUCCAGGAGAUCCUUGCCAUCGUGGGCCAGCACUACGAACAUUCUCAGAACUCUUCUCAGGAGCUGACCCGUGGUCUAACCGCGCUCCCCAUGGCUCUCACUCCGUUACUCCCAGCUUUACCACCCCCGGAGCCGGAAAAGUACGACGACAGCCAGGUGCAGGAUAAACUCAACACGAUCAUUGAACAUGCGAGAAACAGGGAGAUUCAUGAGAAGCUCGACGACCUCGUGGAGAGCUCGCAGAGUAACAGGGUUGUCAAUGAAAAACUGGAUACACUCCUCGAGCAAACGACUACAUCCGAAAUCCAGGACAAGCUGAACAUUCUCCUGGAACAUGCGGCUGACACCAAUGUCCACGAUAAACUCAAUAUCCUUGUAGAGAACUCGACCAACCAUGAGAUCCACGACAAGCUGAACACCAUCAUGGAAUUUGCGACCAAUGACCAGGUUCAUGAGAAGCUCGAUACUCUCAUCAACCAUACGACAAGCCCGGAGAACCCAGUCCACGAAAAGCUCGACACCCUUCUUGAUCGCUCCAUUGACACGAGCCAGAGUGUGACCCAGAUGAUGAAGCUGGAUGAGAUGCACAAGGACAUCAUGGAAACAUCACGCAGAAUGAAUGAGAUGUUCGAGGCACAGUCCAAGAUGAUUGCCGAAGACAACGAACGUCGGCGUCGCGAGUCGGAAGAAAUUGCAAUGGCUAUUGAGCGUCGAACCGCUCAGAAGGAACAGAUCGAAGCCGAGCUUGUUGGCCUGGCUGAAGAAAAGGACUCCCUGCUGAAGAUGAUAUACACGCUGAAGGGUGAGAAGGAUGAUCUUAGCAAGCAGAAGACCAAGCUUGCCACCGAGCUCUCCGGUCUGGAAACCGCCUUGGAGAUCCGCCACGAGGAGAUGCAGCUCAUGGAGGAGCGUGCCGACAGCCUGGAGAAACGCAUCCUGGAGGGUGUCCUGGACCACGCCCGCAGCGUGCUCCUCAGAGGGCCCGCCGGGGGUCGUAGCAUGGGUGUCAAGCGAGUGCGUAGCACGCGGACUCGGGAUUCCAGUGCUGCCAGCAACGCGAGUACCGCAAGGGAUGCGCGUAGUAUUCUCGGCAGCGGCGCGGGCAUUGCGCUCAAACGGCGAAGUCACGCGCCCUCGCAAUCUGGCUCGACCGCGGCAUCUUCCACGGCCGGUAAAGAGCGCAGGAUCCUGAGUCUGAGCAACGUGACGGGCAACCGGGGCGUGGUAGACCGCCAGAGCAGCACCACCAGCGGGUUCACCAGCCUCAAGCGCAGCCACUCGGUCAAGUCGGACCUGUCGCUACGAAAGGCUUCGUGGGCGGGCCGGCGGACAUCCCUCGCCAACAAGGAGAACGAUGUAUUUGUGGAGGAAGAAGAACAGAACAGUGGAGGCGAGAGCGACACGGGAACGGAGAGGAGAACCAGCUACGCAGGGACCUUCACCGACAACAUGCGACGGGUGAGCACUGCUAGUUCUGCGACUGGAUUGCAGGGAACGGAAACAGGCUCGGUUGUAAUCGACCAUGGCGAUGCGGGGGAUCGACCCGAGGAGGAGCACAGCGAAGACGAGGAACCCGCCAACGGUGAUGCUGAAGCAGAUGGCAGCGAGCUCGCAGACGGAGCUGCGCCGAAUCAUGAUCUCGACAGUGGUCUUGGAUCCGAGAUGGUGGUUGCCGUCUGA